AUGUUUGCUAACAGGCACCGCAGUUCUGUGCCAAGCGCUAACGAUGUGCUCAUCCCGGAGACGCUCUUGAAGAAGCGUAAGGCCGAUGCUAAGCUCCGUGAGGAGAACCAGGCCAAGGCCCUUGAGCUCCGUAAGGCCCGCAAGCAGAAGCGUCAGGUUAUCUUUAAGCGCGCUGAACAAUACGUGAAGGAGUACAAGGCUGCGGAGCGUGAGCAGAUCCGCUUGCGUCGCCUGGCCAAGUCGCAGGGCGACUUCUUCGUGCCAUCCCAGCCUCGUGUGGCUUUCGUGAUCCGUCUGCGUGGUGUCAGCAACAUUCCACCCAAGCCACGUAAGAUCAUGCAGCUGUUGCGCCUUCGUCAGAUUAACAACGGUGUCUUCGUGAAGCUGACGGCGGCCACUCAACAGAUGCUUCAGUUGAUCUCGCCAUACGUGACAUGGGGCGAGCCGAACCUCAAGUCGAUUCGCGAGCUCAUUUACAAGCGAGGUUACGUCAAGGUGGACAAGCAGCGCAUUCCUAUCUCGGACAACAGCGUCAUCGAGGCUCACCUCGGCAAGUACGGCAUCAUUUCGGUGGAAGACCUUGUUCACGAGAUUGCGACGGUCGGUCCUAACUUUAAGGUGGCGAACCGUUUCCUGUGGCCCUUCCAACUCUCUAGUCCGACGGGCGGCUUCCAGAAGCGGAAGUUCAACCACUACAUUGAGGGUGGUGAAUACGGUGACCGUGAGUCGGACAUCAACCGUCUUGUUCGUCGCAUGAACUAA